AUUAAUAGAGAUAGAGUGAAAAACACAAUUCACCUUACUCAGAAGCAGUAUCUGGAGAGAGUACUACAACGUUUCAACAUGAACUCGAAGACGAAACCUGUAAGUAUUCCAAUGGCUCCAUAUUUCAAACUCAGUGCAUUGCAGUCUCCUAAAAGUGAUGAAGAGCGGGACUAUGUAAAAAAUGUCCUGUAUGCAAGUGUUGUAGGAAGCUUAAUGUAUGCCAUGGUGUGUACACGACUUGAUAUCUCCCAGGCCGUUAGCUUAGUCAGCCGUUAUAUGCAUAAUCCUAGAAAGACACAUUGCCAUGCGGCUAAAUGGAUUCUACGAUACAUUCUAGGGACCAUAGAUCUUGGUUUAAAGUUUGAGAAGAGUGAAGAUAGUCUAGUAACUGGAUAUGUUGGCUCAGACUAUGCUGGUGAUCUUGACAAACGACGAUCGACAACUGAAUAUGUGUUCACUAUGGCUGGAGGACCAGUUAGUUGGCGAUCUAUUUUGCAGUCUACAAUUGCACUAUCCUCAACAGAGGUUGAAUACAUGGUUGUGACAGAAGACGUGAAAGAAGCCAUUUGGUUAUAGGGACUGGUAACAGAUUUGGGCUUUAAACAGCAAGAGGUUACCGUUUACUGUGACAGUCAGAGUGCAAUUCAUCUGGCCAAGAAUCAAGUGUAUCAUUCUCGAACAAAGCAUAUAGAUGUCCGCUUUCACUUCAUACGUGAGAUAUUAGAUGAAGGGGAUAUUCUACUUCAGAAGAUUGGCACUGAAGACAAUCCAGCAGAUAUGUUGACGAAAGUUGUCACAGGGAUCAAAUUCCAACACUGUUUAGAAUUGAUCAAUAUCUCACACUGCUAAGUACCUUCGGGUGCGUUGGUGUCUUAGGGCACAUUUGGUAGCGGAAAUCUCUCAUGGCAGAUCUAACGAGUAUUUCAAAUAAAGAGGUGAAAUCAUUUGGAGGAAACAAUAGUUUGCAACAGCUUAAUAUGGCACACAUGGGUGGAGGGGGUGAUUGUUAAAUAUUAACCCAUAGUGUGAACAGUAGCUC